GGAACAUGAGCAAAUGUUUACAGCUUAUCAUUAUCUAAAACAUAUACUUUUGUUUAAUUUGCGCAACCAUACGUGUGUUUGUGGUAUUAUAUGAAAACAAUCAGUUUAUGCUGCACUAAGCCUUAUUUAUCAAUCUCUCCCUCUUCUUCUCCAGAAAAUGAAGUUGAUGUGGAAACCCUUCCCCUUCUAAGUGAAAGUAUAAUCACAUCCUUCAUACCCAAGAUUGGACCUCGAUUGAAGUUUCUCGCUGGGUGGCGUGCAGAGGUAGGCCCUAGAUGUGGCACAAUAUCUCACUAUGGAUAGUUACAGAUGCUUUCAGUGUCUUGAUUUAAUUAGGGGGGAUAUUUCUUGCCUAUUCCAUCAUUUAAAAUACACACAUACAACAACCAGGGGGAAAAAUGUAAGUAUAACAUGCAUGCAAGGGGCAUGUAGACUAACAUUUCGUACAUUAUCGGGAUAUAGAAAACAUCUCAUUUCAAAGCACGCUGCACGGAUAAAGACGUCAAGCACAACUACAAAAGCAGUUCCAGAUCACCAAAGUGAAACCUGUUAUGAAGGAUCUGUUCUAGGAAAGAAUAACAACACUGAAGGGAAUUUGGAACAACUGCACCAGGAAAAGGCAUUGUUUGUUGGAGAAAGCAGUGAGCAGGAAGAUGUCUCUUUUGAAACGCAAACAGAGAGACUACCUGAUAUUGCAGCAAAGUUUGUAGCAGAACUCAGGGCAAGGACUAAUGUGCCUGCUUCACACACCAACAAGGUCAUUCAAACCGCACAAGAUUUGGUUAUUUCUGUGUUACAAACUGUGCAACAGGAUGUGAUGGAUAUCUUAAGUGAGCCACAAUAUGCAGCUAACAGUGAGCUGAGAUCUGAUAUACAAGAUGUAUUCGAGAAUUCAAAGAAUCCAUUUUCAGAGCUCAUGUCAGAUACUCAACAGAAAAAAUAUUUCUCUGAGAAAGGUGAUUUCAUUCAGCCUUGUGAGGUGUUGUUGGGAACUUGCUUAAAACCAAAAAUUGAUCAAAAGACAGGUGAUCCACUGCAAAGCACACAAAAAGAAACCUUUCAAUAUAUACCACUAGCUGACACUAUUAAACAAUACUUAGAGCGACCAGGAGUAAUGAACGCCAUACUGUCUCAAAAAGGAUCAAAAGAUAAUGAUGUUUUGUAUUCAUUCAAAGAUGGUCACUAUUAUAAAAGGCAGGAAGCUACUGCUAGACAAGACUGUGAAUUCUUAGUGCCUCUGUUGUUGUACAAUGAUGAGUUUGAGACAGCCAAUCCGCUUGGGUCAAAACGCGGCAAACACAAGGUAAGUGCCUUUUAUACAAGUGUGUUAUCCCUUCCCAGGAAAUACCAGGCUAGGCUAGAAAAUAUCAUGCUCACAGCUAUGAUCACAUCUCCGCUUUUGAGUAAAUAUGGCAUCUCAGAAGUUUUGAAGGUAAUCAAGGAUGAUCUGCAGCACAUGUGGACUGAUGGACUCACUAUCAAGUGCAAAGAGUUUGAGGGUAGGGUCAAACCCUACUUAUUCCAAGUUGUAGGGGACAAUCUUGGCAUUCAUGCCAUGCUGGGAUGUACAACCUGUUUCCGUGCCAACUAUUACUGUAGAUUCUGUAGAGGCCAUCGCUCGUUGCUUCAGAAACAGCCAAAAGAGGAUGCCCAAUAUCUCCGUGAUGAAAUAAACUAUGAUACAGAUCUUCAAAAGCCCUUGUCAGAAUCUGGCUUGAAGCAUGCAACAGUUUUGAAUGAAUUGCCUUACUACCAUUCCACCCAAAACUUAUGUCCAGAUGUAAUGCAUGAUUUUACAGAGGGAGUCUUGCCCCUGGAAAUGCACCUUGUUUUGAGUAAACUUGUUCAGAAGGGUUUCAUAACACUGGAUGAGGUGAACAGUAGAAUAUCCUCAUUCAAUUUUGGCUUUGUGGACCGCAAAAACAGACCAAGCCCAAUCAGGCAGGCAUCACUGAAGAAUCCAUAUUCUGCCAGUGGACAGACAUCAGCACAGAUGACGUGCCUUGCAUACAACAUCCCUCUCAUGUUAGGAGACAAGAUUGAUGAGAUGUGUGAUGAGUGGGAACUCUUACUGUCAAUCAUUGACAUCUUCAAAAUCAUUAUGAGUCCCAGUAUCAGUAAGUCUGCCAUCUAUGUCCUGAAGGCAAUGAUUGAUGAUCACCACAGGCUCUUCAUGCAGCUCUUCCCUGAAGCUAGUCUAACUCCGAAGCAGCACUUUCUUGUGCAUUACCCACGUGCACUGAAACACCUUGGGCCACUGACCCAGUAUUCAGCAUUGCGUUUUGAAGCAAUGCACAGACCUUUCAAGCAGAUUGCCAGUGUAUCUUGCAACUACCAAAACAUUGUCAAAACAUUGGCUAACAGAUACCAAAUGGCACGGUGCUACAGGUCAGUAUCAAAUCAGUCACUGGAUAGCCAAGAUAUCAAUGUGUCACAGCAAGCUGCAGCAAUGCUUGGUGAUCUACUUGAUGAUGAGGCACUUUGCAAAAAAAUUAACUGUGGAAGGGGAACCGAAGUUACAGUUGCUGGGAAAGUGGACAUUCAUGGAUAUGAGUUCCGGGCAGGUGUUGAUGUACUUCUAUAUUGGACUGAUGAUGAUGGACCCACGUUUGGACGUGUUCAGCAUAUUGUAGUGGUGCAAGAAAAGUUGUAUCUGCUCCUUCGGCUGUAUCAGACCUUGUACUUCAACAGACAUGUUGAAGCAUUUGCAGUACAGGUGGGCAGAGAGGAAUCACAAGCUGCUGUUGAAUGGUGUGACCUGUUUGAUCACAGGCCAGUCAAUGCUGUCCAGUCCUAUAGUGGAAGAGGGCGCUGCUUGUAUAUUGUGGUGCACCAUUCAUUCAUCUAGGAACAAGAAGUAUCAUGCUGCAAAUCAACAAAGCAUGGAACAAGCAUCAACGUCGACAAGAAGCCCAUCAGUGUUCUCCUUAGAUGACUGCUCAGAUCUCUCUUGUGUAACAGGAAGUGAGUGGAGUCCCAGACAAAGCCCUUCCCAGCCCAGUUUGGAUACGCCACUUUACGACUCCCCAGAAUCCAAGAGUCCUGAUCAACAUCCUCCCCUGAAACGGGUCAAGAAAGUGCAUUUCAACAUUGCUUGUAUAUUGAGAGAGACCACCAUGGGAAGAGCAGCAUUAAGGAACAUCAAUGCUACAAAUCUCUGCAGCAAAAGGGACCGGCAUACUGUUGUGGAUAUGUUGACUCAGUACCUGAUACGGGAGUAUGGUACCAAGCCAAGCUCAUUUGUGAAGGCAUCAAUGGCCCAUGCCAUUGUGACAAGCUUUCCUUUCUUAAAAGAUCCAGAAUCUCCACUUGGCUAUGAGGCCUGGUACUGCGUGGGGGCCAAGGGACGGCCAGCAACAGGCUACCUGGAGGAGCAUCUGAGGUAUGUCAGAAAAAAGGAGAAGUCCCUGAGGGUACCAGUAGCUGAAGACGAGGCAGAGUCUCAAAAGCAAGGAGAUACCGAUCUUGAGUCUGUGAACGAUGAUAACAUCACGACAAUGGAAGAAUGGCUGCGUAACAACAAGGAGCCAGAGGACAUGGUGAAGGACUACAUGAAACAAACAGCAACAAAAAGACAUGACUGGAUCAAGAGAAGUGACUGUUGUGUGAAGAACAUUCUUACCACAUAUCCCAGACUUCUCGAUGCUGGAAUGAUUGAAGGAGAUUUUGCAGAAUUGUUCCCAGAGAAAGCAAACGCACUGUACCAGAAGUGGCCCACAUUCUGUAACAAAGUAGUGGACUUCACCGAGAAAACUGGCAACUGGAGAAGUGCAAGAGCCGAAUUCGAAAACAUUCAUGACCCUGGGAAACUCAGUCUUGAGGAAAAGAGCAAUCUUGGAUUCUACAUGCUCCCAGUCUUGUUCCGAGGAAGGAAAGAUUCCAAGAGAGGAACGUACACCACUGCAGAAACAUUGUCGUCCUUCAUUGACGUUCAACCAGAGGUUCUCGACAUCCAGACUUAUGUUGAUAACAUUGAUGAAGCAGUCAGGUCACAGCCAUUUGUUGUUGUGCGUGGGAACAUUCUCACACCAAUACAGGCGUACGUCGUAGUAGAGAGGAGGAUACUUCCUGCCGCAACACUGCUUAAAGCAGUCGACUUGUGCUUUAAGGCACUUUAUGUGAUGGAUAUCGAAUAUCAGCCGCAAAGCUGUUCUGUUUGGAAAUUUCUCCAGAUUGUGGUGUUCCAGUUUACCGAUGGGGAGCAUCUUACACCAAAGCUGCGGGAGGUCCGAGCCUUCAUGAACAUGCCAUAAGCCAUCAUGAUGUGUUCACGCCAAGGAUGAUUACUGGUGAUAUAUUUCCUACAGAUGAAACUGACACAUCAUCGUUUAGCACAUUUUGGCUACUUGAACCAGUUUAUUUUGGGAGAAAAAAAACUGGAAAAAAGUAUUAUUUUGGACAAAAUAACCUUAAAGACAAACUGUUAUGAGUUGGAUUCAGCACAUUAUUUUACAUAAUUUAGACAUGUUUGUGUAAGACUGAAGAUUUGAGGGUGGGGUGAGGAUCGCUGAAUAAUAUUAAAAAAAAGAGUGAAUUUAUACACAGCAGAAGUCUUUGUGUACAUUUUAAAAAUGAUAAAGGCCUAAUUGUUUUAUCCCAAUCAUUGCUUAACAUCCCCACCUUGAAAGUUUAAGAAAACAAAUGAAUAUAUGCCAAGUAUAAAUACAAAACAUAUUAUUGGCUAUAAAUCUUUUGCACUGGCGUAUACAAAUGCUUAUCGUGUUUGGUCUUAAUCCCAAGAGUACUGUUUCAUAACUCGUACAUCAAAAUGAUAUAUUUCUUCAUAAAACAUGAGCUAUGAUAUUUUCUGCGUUUAAAAAAGCAAGUGGGGUAUAUGAUUGUAAAUUACAUAUACCAUUAAUUUUCAUGUAAUGUGUAUCGUCCAUUGACCCUACGCUGAACUCUCUGCUGAAUGGACUGCAUGCAUUAAUUUACAUCGCGCAAAGCAGAAGUAGAGAAGUCAACAUUUUUAUCUACAUUUUGCAAAAUUGUAUUGAUAUUAUUGAUAAUAUCAAUAAAAUCAAUCAAACUGAGUAUAGCAGGUAGGGUCAAUUGAUUUUUGUUGUCUUUAAUCUAAUCAAAAAGUUAUAGUAGGCAGUGUGUAUCCUUGUUAUUUGAUCAGUACCUGUUCACCAUCACAGAUAGCCAAACUUUCAUGUGGUACUUCUGCACAUGUCAAAUAAUCUAGAGGGAUUUGAAUUUAUUUCCUCUUUUUUUUUACUUCAAAAAAAUGUGUUCAUGUGUAACACUCUAAGGCAGAGUAUUGGUGUGUCAGGAUAAAUGAACACUAUGCCACACCCACAAAAUAUAUAUGAUGCACAUAUUCAUGUAUGAAAUCAGAGUACAUGGAAUACAUACAGUGUACAUCAAAGUUGUCAUGCUGCACCAAACAGGGGCUAUAUUUGCAUUUACUUUUUUUAAAAGGUUGUAUUUUUUUCACCAAAAAUUGUAAUGUUGUAGUUGAUGUUAACAAGUUUUGUUUUUACGUUUCUGAUGAAAACAACAACAUGUGUUUACUGUGUAUGUUAUUUGUGUUUCAGUUAAGCAAUUAUUACCCUUUAGAUGAGAAAAAGAGUUGAGCCAAUAGAUGUUAUGGAAAAAAUGUUGAGCAAUGAUUAUCCAACAGACGAAUUAAAGAGUUGGGCAAAUGGA